AAAAAUUGGCCUUGUUCUAACGCUGAUCGUAGAGGCGCGACGGCCCACAGACCGAAGUCCCAAAAACGACGCCGCUAGCGCAGAUAAAGCUACCGAGAAAAUUUCAGAGAAGCUUUGAUCGGAAAACUCUGCAAGCAGAAGAACCCUAAAAAUCAGAGUCGGAUCAGGCGAAGAAGAAAAGGAAAAAAGGAAUUGGUCUGACAAUGCCUCAGGUGAAGAUAAUCGCGAAGAAUUUCAUGGACAUGGUGGCCUCCUUGCCCGCCAUGAAGCUCGACAAGCUCUACGAGAACGCUUUCAUCUGCGAAGCCAUUCUCAGGUCUCUGCCACCUCUGGCCAAGAAGUAUGUUAUACAGAUGUUGUACAUUGAUGUUCCAAUAACAGCCAAGUCCAUGGAGGAGUGGGUGCUUCCAGAUGGGUCCUCAAAGCAUAGAGUCGCUAUUGAUAGGUUGAUUCAGUUGCGGUUAUUCACUGAAAUUGCUGACAGGAGAAGGGAAACAACUUACAGAAUUAAUCCAACAUUUCAGACAAAUCUCCAAAAGCUUUUAACACUUGGUGAAGUUUUACCAAGGGAACCGAUGCCUUCUGACAUAACUGUGAGGCUCCCAAGCUUGGAGGAUCUUCAGGUUUAUGCCCUUGAACAAUGGGAGUGUUUCUUGCUCCAACUUAUAAACUCGGCUCAAGCUGAAAGGCCAUCAAAUAUCAGCUCUUCUAUGAUGAAAAUUUUCCAGCGAGGCCUUUUGAGUCAAAGGGAGAAAGAAGCUCCACGAUUAACUGAAAGUGGUUUCCAGUUCUUGUUGAUGGACACAAAUGCACAACUUUGGUACAUCAUCAGAGAAUACAUCUCUAAUUCUGAGGAUCGAGGUGUGGACCCAGCCGAUUUGAUUUCAUUCUUACUAGAGCUUAGUUUUCAUGUCACAGGAAAGGCAUAUAAUAGUAACACAUUGACGGAGGUUCAGAGGAGUCUGAUCAAGGACCUCACAGACUUGGGGUUGGUCAAACUUCAGCAGGGCAGGAAAGAGAGUUGGUUUAUACCUACUAAAUUAGCUACCAAUCUUUCAGUGAGCUUAACAGAUUCAUCAUCACGGAAACAAGGAUUUGUGGUCGUAGAAACAAAUUUUAGGUUGUACGCAUACUCGACUUCAAAGUUACACUGUGAAAUUCUACGUCUUUUCUCAAGGAUAGAGUAUCAACUUCCAAAUCUUAUAGUGGGAGCAAUCACAAAAGAAAGUUUGUAUAAUGCUUUUGAAAACGGUAUUGCAGCAGAGCAGAUAAUUACUUUUCUUCAGCAGAAUUCCCAUCCUCGUGUAGCAGAGAGAAUGCCAUCUAUACCCGAAAAUGUCACGGAUCAGAUAAGGCUGUGGGAAUCAGAUCUGAACAGGGUUGAGAUGACUCCUUCACAUUAUUAUGAUGAAUUUCCUUCUAGGGACGUCUUCGAGGCUGCUUGUGACUACGCACGGGAGUGGAACGGGUUGCUGUGGGAGGAUUCGAAAACCAUGCGUCUUGUUGUCAAGGCAGAAAUACACAUGCAUAUGCGAGAGCAUUUACGCCGUCAAAAGUAGUAAGCCAGAUAUUAUUUUAUUGGUCCUGAUGGAAUUGAUAGCAGAACAACAUGCAACCCUACAUGCUGUGAGGUUUGUGUACAUUUUGGGGCUGGGCAUGUAUCAGAUUCUUCCUUUCCGGUCGAGUUAUGUUCUAUUCGGAUUAUCAGAUUUGCUAAUAAAGCUGUAACUGAAGUCAUGCAUCAUGGAAAAUAUUUUAGAACACAUUAUCGAAAAAUGUGGAGGGUUGAAUCUACGCUGCAAUCAGAAGCUUGAAAAUGUUGCAUUCGGGAAGAGUUGGACCAAAUAGAGUUUCAAGUACAAACAUUCUUUGGCGCUGAAAUAUUUAUGUGAGCAAUGUAGACUACGGAGUUUGCUGCUUGUGAUGAAAACAACAGGCUUGUAUUGCAGAUAAUGGGAGUUCAAUCUCCUAUUCAAUGAAAAGAAGCUUCUUUUUAAUUUAAGACAAAAUAAAUGAAGUUAUUGUGAUU